AUGCAAGUCCCGGAGGAAAAUAAUGGCCAUGAGGCUAUGGAGAAGGUCUUCUCCGCAGUCGAGUUAUUGGAAGCAAUCCUCCUCCAUCUCGACCACAGAGACCUUCUCCUGUCCCAGCUCAUCAGCGCCCACUUCAAAAAUGUUGUCUCGCAGUCCCAUGCGAUACAGCAAAAACUAUUCUUCACACCAAGCCCUGCUAGCGACAUACCGCAACAGAAUCCCCUUCUCAAAGCUCUGUUUCCGACAUUCUUCUCGCUGAACCGGCCAGUAAGCCCAGACUACUUUUACAACAUUGUGUGCGGCACUAUGGAUUGGUAUAUGAAUGACCGCCACGAAAGCGUCUUGCGUCCUGAUGCCUCAUGGAGGCGCAUGUUCCCAGUCCAGCCGCCGGCAAAACUGGAGCAGAUCAGGAUUUAUACCCAUGACUACUGCCUAUACAAAACGGGCAGCCCUGUUCCCGCAAAAUUUGGGGAUGAAGUUGAGGUGCUUCAAGAGCAUGGGCUAAGAAUGGACUUACUAUAUGACUUGGUCGUCCAUUUAUGGGGCCUACAUCCGUCGCCCCAAAUGUACAUUCAUUGGGAGAUGUUUCCGCUCCUUGGAGGUGAAGAAGAGUGGCAAGAUAGGACCCGAAGCCCAGAGGCCUGGUCCAACAUAGAUCUCAUUGACUAUCCGUUACCUUUACAAGAAAACAUGAGCGACGGAGACCAGCAAACAAACAACAGGAUCACCUUGUAUUAUCAGCACGAUUCAGCGUGUGGAGGUAAACCAUGGAAGCCUGAUUUGAAGAUUGAUUCACCAUUUAACUCGAUGAUCGAGGCCGACCGCACCAAACUACUACGGUUUAUAGGCAAAGCCCAGCUGGGUUGGAAUCGUUGGGAUGAGUAUGUUGAUGACGAGGAUCCCGUUGACCGUGACGGCACCGAUGACGAGGAAUAG